GACAACAGGAAGAACAAACCCAACAGCAAAUACUUCUCUGGAAACUUUUAGCCGAACUGCUCGUAACUGUAAAACGAAUCAAUAUUUAUCCAGAGAUUCCAUGACUGAAAUAAUGUGGCGUUUUAUUUAACCGCACCAGCUACGGAGAGACUCAGCGUUGCGGGCAGCAUGGGUCGUCUUGUCGUUUGUUUACAUGGUGAAUCAGCUGACAAGCUAAUGUUAGCUACCUAGCUUAGUGAUGUCGAGUCAUAUGAGCGGCUAAUUGUCCAGAAGCUUUGUCCUCGUGAAUGAAAGUCUACAGUAGUGGGCGGGGAGACAUGCACGCGCAGCCUUAAAUGGCGAAAUGAAUGGUUAACGGUAUUAUUACAACAUUAGCCGUCAUGUUUCCAGCAUUAGCAUAGCCUUCCUUCUGGGCGGGUUGAGUUGUCUUUUUUUUAAAUUCAGGUCACUUUUAAACGCAGCGUAUUCAUGUGUAACAUGCCCUGCUCAUUUGGAAACUGGAGAAGAUGGAUUCGGCCGCUGGUCGUUGUGCUGUACAUUUUGUUGUUGAUAGUGGUUCUGCCUCUGUGCAUAUGGGAGCUGCAGAGGUCAAAGGUUGGCACACACAACAAAGCCUGGUUCAUUGCUGGGAUCUUUGUCUUCAUGACUAUCCCCAUAUCAUUAUGGGGCAUUCUUCAGCAUCUGGUUCAUUACACUCAGCCUGAGCUUCAGAAACCUAUCAUCAGAAUACUAUGGAUGGUUCCAAUCUACAGCUUGGACAGUUGGAUUGCUCUGAAAUACCCCGGUAUAGCAAUUUAUGUGGAUACAUGCAGAGAGUGCUAUGAGGCCUACGUCAUCUACAACUUCAUGAUUUUCCUGCUCAACUAUCUGGAGAAUCAGUACCCCAGCCUGGUGAUGAUGCUGGAGGUUCAGGAGCAGCAGAAACACUUGCCUCCUCUCUGCUGCUGCCCACCAUGGCCAAUGGGAGAGGUUUUACUGUUGAGAUGCAAAUUGGGAGUGUUGCAGUACACAGUCGUAAGACCCGUCACAACAGUGAUUGCCUUGAUCUGUCAGCUGUGUGGAGUAUAUGAUGAAGGAAAUUUCAGUUCUUCAAAUGCGUGGACAUACCUGGUCAUCUUUAACAACAUGUCACAGCUGUUUGCCAUGUACUGCCUGGUGCUGUUCUACAGAGCCCUGAGAGAGGAACUGAAUCCAAUCAAACCAGUGGGCAAAUUCCUUUGUGUGAAAAUGGUGGUGUUUGUGUCUUUCUGGCAAGCCGUGUUCAUUGCCUUACUGGUGAAAGUGGGCGUUAUCUCAGAAAGUCACACAUGGGACUGGAAAACUGUGGAAGCUGUUGCCACAGGUUUGCAGGAUUUCAUUAUAUGCGUGGAGAUGUUUCUGGCAGCUAUCGCCCAUCACUACAGCUUCACCUAUAAGCCUUACAUCCAGGAGGCUGAGGAGGGUUCUUGCUUUGACUCUUUCAUGGCUAUGUGGGACAUCUCUGAUGUCAGAGCAGACAUUUCUGAACAAGUCCGCAAUGUUGGGAGAACAGUAAUGGGUCGUCCAAGGAAGUCUUACUUUGACGCAGCUCAGGACGACGGAGAGCGGUCUGGCUUGCUCUCGUCGGGUUCCCACGAUGCCAUUGCUGACGCGGCAUCCAGCUACCAGGGCCUGGGGAGAACCGCCACGCCACAUUCUCUGUCGGCUCCAGCUGGGCUCAGCUCGGCGCCAUGGGAUGAAGGAUAUGAGGCUAGACCUGAGGAAACCCCGGAGGAAGAGAGGACCAACCAAACCAAAGAACCGACAGAGGCAGAUGAUCUAGUGAUCACCUAGCCCAUCAUCUACAGACUCUACCAGACAUGGUUUGACAGGACCUAGUUACAGCCUUGCUGUUUUCCUUUAUACGUGAUAUACUGAUGCAACAUUUAACAAGAAAAUGUACACGCACCAAAUAUUUGUAGACAUUUGCCAGGAAAGCCCAAACCAGAUGGACCUCUCUGUCAGUGACAUAUUCAAGAAGGCUCAGGCGUGUCUUGACUUGAACGACAAAAUGAUUUGUAGAUAACAGACAUUUUAUUCUGUUAGCAUAUUGUUUUGCACAAUGCUCAGCAAGGUAUUCCUGAAGGUUUUUUUUUUUUAAUCACUUUUAUUGGUCUUAUGGUCUGUUUUAACAUGGGUUCCAGAGCGCACACUUAAUAUUCAGCCCAGUCGUUGUGUUGUUGUGUGUGACAAUGGGAUAGUCUACCUGCAACCUUAAUUCUGAAUACAGCAUGAAGAUGUAUGCGUUUCCAUUCCAGGUACCGUGGACAAAUGAGUCGGCUCAUUCGUAUCACAAUCUCACAUGUGAAGAUAAAAAGAAAUAUGCAACCUUUAAAUUACAAAUAUUAUCUUGUCCAUUAUAUUGUUCUUGAGAGUGAUUUCUGAAACAAGUUAAUAGUCCUGUAUCCUAACGUUUUGUUCUAACCAGUGGGAGAUACAGAUUGUGAAUAAAAAUGAGAACCCUGAGUAAACAUGUGGAUAAACAUAGCGAGUGCAGAUGCCUCUGUAUAGGUGUUCUUGCACUGCUCAGUACACUUCAUGCUUUUUGUAAUGUAUAGAAAACGAUACACAGGCACACACAGGUUUGAUGAGUAUGGAACAGUGUUGGGCAACACACGACUGCCCACAAAGUUGCUCAGACACAAUAUGAGGAUUUUAGAUUCCGUUUAUAUAGUCUGUAUGUAUCCGCUCAGGACUGGAUAACACAAUUUGGGAUGAUUUACUCCACAGUUAAGAUGCUUAAACCUUCCUAUCGGACCAUCACUAUGCAGUAUAAAAAUGAAUGCAGUGUAUUUCCUGUGGGUUGACACUGAAAAUGCAUGAACACUCGGCUCAAUUUGAAACUGUACUAUCAGCACAUUCUAGUAAACACUGCUCUACUGCAUGUAGGUCACUCUGUAGUGUUUAGUAUAAACAUACUACCCUCUAUUAGAUGUCUUGUUCUAGGUGCCACGGAAAGCCAUUUAUUUUGCCUAAAUAGUUCCUGAGAUUGUGUCUUUAUAAUUUACAUAGAUACUAUGUAUGUACAGGGAUAUUGACACGUUCAAUACACAGUGUGUUUCAGGGGAGUGACGUGUUCAUAAAUAUACAUAUGUAUGAUAUCAACAGGAUUCUCUGCAUCAUGUCCAGCUAAAAUAUUUAAUUUGCCUUUCAUUAUUUGUUUUUGUUUUUGAAAUAAAACUGCCAGGAUUUAUGUCAGAUAUAAUUGUUGUACAGUUCAAUUUAAAUACAGUACCGUGCAAAAGUCUCAGGGCACCACCAGCUUUGUUGUUUGUAAGUCUGAAAUCAUUGGCAUUUGGAAGUUGGUGUUUAUCAGUUCAACUCACACAUGUGUAUGUGAUGCUUGAAUAAACCUGGUGUAUAGCAGAGUUCUCUCUACAUGAAAUAGUCGAACAAACGUAGGUUUUAUCAAUAACACUAAUUAGGGUUCCGCUCCAGUUUUAACAGAGCCGGGGUGUGCUAUUCUCUAGAUGUGUACCAAUACAGUGAUACAGACAUAAUUACACUGUAUGGUCAUGAAAGCAUUGCUAAUACAACCAAGACAUUUGCACAGUACUGUACAUCUCAAACAAUCUCUACAAUAAAUCUGAUUAACA